AUGCCAAGCAGCAAAGGAAAACCCACAGACCCACAGCUUCGAGAGGAACUCAAGGAGGAAAUCAAGCAAGAACCCAAUAAAUCCGGCGAUGGAAAGGGACAGUGGGCAGCAUGGAAAGGGAUGAAACUGGCUAAAGAGUACGAAAAGGCAGGCGGUGGGUAUGAAAAUGAGCCUGGCUCCAAAAAUGAGCCCAAGUCUGGGACGCCAGUUGCGAAAAGUGAGAAGAAGAAGAACGAAGAGAUGGAAGAGUAA